AGUCGUCCUCGCUGACCAGUACGCGCUGAGACGUCCGACUGACCGCAAGUGCCGGCCAGAAUAACCACGGAAUAAACCGCCUCGGGAAUUGGGAGCACGCAACUCCAAAUGGCAUUCUUGUGUACAGAUAUGUGCGCCUAGGGGCCUCCCCAUAAGCAUUUCAAAUGCAGCCGGCGAAAAAUAUGCAAGAGACUCGCUAAUGCUAAAAUCAAUAAAAGUUUAGAAUAUAAAGUUAAGAACGCAAAUACAGAGAGACACAAAAUCCCAAAAUGGAUAUACCUGCCAGCGGGGCCAUUUUCACCCUGGGCAAAUCCCAUUUGGCGGAGAAUACCCAAAGUUACUUCUACAUCAAAAACGAUCCUGUGAAGCGCCUGAUUUCCGGUCCAAACCAGAGCGCUGUCAUUUGUGAAUCUGGACGGCUAUUUGUUUGGGGCGAGAACCACUACGGACAGCUUGGAAUUGGUGGCCAUGGCGGAGCCUCCGGCAAAAAGGGCGGCGGCACCCACAACAGCAACGGGGACAUCGUCACCAAACCCACCUGCGUGAAGGCCUUGAAAACCCUCGGAUUAAAGAUUUGCGACGUCGCCUUCGGCAACCAAUGGGCCGUGAUGCUCACACACUCCAAUGAAAUCUUUUUCACGGGUCGCAAUAUCUUUCCCGAGGAUACCCAUGUGGCCCAGCACUUUACGAGCGCCCAAGUUGAUCAGCAGCCAUGCGCCAUUAUCCGCAAGCCUUUCCGUUUGGAAGAGUUCGAUGAUUACCUGUCCAAGAGCGAGGAGACGGACAACUUUAUGACAGUGCAAGCGGGCAACGAGCACUUUGCAGUGCUGACCACCACUGGUCGUCUGAUUGGUUGUGGCUCCAAUGCCCAACUGCAGCUAGGAGAACUGGAGGCAGACUACGAUGGUCAUCCUGUGGAGAUUCGUCUAGAUGCACCGGUGCAGCAGUUUGCCUGCGGACCGGAGUCCACGCUGGUUUUGACCGCCACCGGGAACCUCUUUCUGACCGGCCACCUCAACGAGUUCGUCUUUCCGCGCUUCACCGAGCUGCAAAAAAAUCUGCCGCCCACCGAGGCUAUCAUCUUCAUGCACAUUUCCAAGACCAGCGAAGUGUACAUUGUGACCAAUGCAGGCAGCAUCUAUCGCAGCUUCGAGUCGCUGCGGAACAAGAGUCUGGUCUUCCAACGUUUCUAUGACUACGACUGCGAGGAAAACGGACCCAUCUGGAAGCUUCUGAAGGGAUUCUCCUUCUAUGCGGUUCUAAGUAAGGCCAACAAGUUCUUCACUACGUUCUCGGAGAGCGGCCAUCAUUUGAAGACCUUCCGUGAAAUUUCCAAAUUUAAGAACCUGCGGCUAUUGGACAUCGCAGUGGGGGAUCAACACGUUUUGGUGCAGGGCAUACCGCGCUCCUCGAUGUCGUCUGCAUCUGUAAAUGGAUCAGCUGAACCAAAUCGAUACGUAAGCCGUAGUCUUGUGUUGCAGCCGACAGAUGCAAAUGGAAACAAAGAGGAGAUAAGGACUCACAGCGGAAGAAGCCUUACCAAACAACAGGGUAUGGAGAAAACUGAGGAUCAAUCAAUGGCGACUACUGUGGUAGGACUGGCAGCUGUAGCAGGAGCCGGAACAGCGGCGGCCAUGGAGGCAGUGAAGCAUUUAAAUAAUGGGGAGAAACCAGAAGAGAAGACAGAUUUAACUUCUUACCAGGACUUGAAUGCAAAUAUUGACAGUGCGGAGAUUACGACUAAAGAACAUAAGGACACAAUGGGUUUCGAUGAAAUUGUCCCAAAUUUAAAUAUUUGUGAAAAAGAGGAAGCUAAUCGAAUUGAGGAGUCGGUUAGACCUGCAAAUAAAAAUGAAAGCGCUGCAGAUCAAGAAAAAUUAGAUAGUCCGAACACAGCUGCAACCAGGCAAGCAAUCAAGACAAAUGAUGGAUAUAAAGAGAUGGAGCCAACGGCACCUGUAGAGUCCCCCGUAAUAUCAUCGGAUACAAAAGAAUCAUUAAUAGAACUAAUCGAUUCCCCUGUGAAAACCAAAGGUUCACCAGCAAAAAUCAAUGAAUCUUUAAUGAAAUCUAACUCAAUUCAACUCAACUCUCCCGUCAAGCCCAUGGAAUCGAUGCAGAAGCUACCCACUCCUCCUACACAUACACCCACCCCUCCCAAGUCCCCCACAGAAUCUUUAAGAUCGAAUAAAUCUGCACACGAGAUGCAAUUAGUCGAUCCAAAGCCGAAAGUGCCAGGCAGCCAGGAAACGCUUUUGCGCCCACGCACUCCAUAUCCCGAGAGCAGUAAUUCCAGCACACCGCAGACGAUAAAAAAGACGCCCAUACGAAACUUUUCAUACGAGUCUGCGAUGGACCAUGACCAUCUGGAGAGGACUUCUCCCGAAUUGGUCUCUAGUCUGGACACUGUGGAGGAAGUACCUACGGCCAAAAUUCACGUGAACACACCAACACCGCCCACGGAAGACGACGAGCACCUGGCCGUGGAAAUAACUACCACGAAGGACUCAACGGACAGCAGCAAAGUGAUCAACGAAAUACGUUUCAUAAACGAUGGGGUGGAUGUGACGUCCAAAGUAGAGGAACAAAUGCCAGACACACCACUGGAGAGCUCCGUGGAGGAUCUGGAAUCAGAUGGAGAGCAGAUAAUGCAGCAGGUGGAGAAACAAGUUGACAAAAUUUUGACGAACUCUGAAGAGUCGGCGUCCAAAGCCGGCGAAGAAGCGGUGGAUGUCAUGGACUCCACGCGUAACUCGAUUCAAACAGCGGUGAGAAAUGCAGCAAAUGGAGCUCGUGAUGCCAUGGAGGCUGUAGGCGAACGAAUGGCUACUGGAGCUCGAGGAGCCGUGGAUACCGUGGGCGGAGCAGUAGGAGCGGCGGGUAAAGGUGCCCAGCGGAUAGCUAGCGAUGCAAUGCACGCAGUAGAGCAAGCAGGAAGUAGUGCAAUACAUGCAGUGGAGCAGGCGGGCACUAACGCGGUUAAAGCUGCCUCGGAAACAAAGGAUUCGAUGGGCAGGGCCAUGGAUUCGGUGACCACCAAGAUCUCUACUGAAGUGCUGGGCGCCAAGGAAAACAUCUCUUCAUUGUUUCAGAUAAAAGCGGCCAGGGAGGCUGAUCCACAGACCACGCCAUGCUCCACACCUCGUGGCGAGGACGACUUGUCCUAUAAAGAGGGGGCACCAAAGACGACAACAACGUUGGGUUCUAAUGAGGAGGAUGAACGAACAACGGCCUCUGUAAACUCAAACCACAAUUCCGCAGGACAUGGCAAUGGCAAUGGCAAUGGCAACAUUUUCGAGCCCAGCAAUCCCUUUGAGGACUCGCUGGAUGCGGUGGUAGAGCGCAGCAAGAAGGCAAUGCAGGAGGACAUCCGGGCCAUGCAACUCAGGGCAAAUUCCCAUGUCCAAGCUGUGGCCCAACAGAAAGAGGAAGACGCUAAGGGAUUCGUGCAGCAGGUGAUGGACAGGCUUUCGUGCCGUAACGAAAAGGCGAUCAGGAUUGAAGAUGAACUGCGUCCGCCGGCUGGAAGUCACAACAAAAAUACAAACAAAGUUAACAGCGAGCUGAGCUUAACCAAUGGACAGGCACAUGGCGAUCAGUCGCAGGCGUCGCGGGUCUGCACGAUUUUAUAAAACUUGCACCAGCACUUUUCUGAGCAAUUGCAUUUGGUCUUGAAGUACAAUUUAAUAAAAAAUAAUGCAAGCG